UAAUGAAGUGUGACCUCCUCUGUGCUGGCUUUUCAUUAACUCAUACCUGCUGAUUUGCCUCUGUACUUUUCCUUUCUCGCCUGUACCGUGAGGACAGCAGAGAGCUCAUCUCAGUGUCGUGUGUUGAAAUCCCCCCUUUGUGUCUUCCUGCCUCCCUUCCCUCCUCUUCCUUUCCUCCUCAGUAUGCUGCCUGCUCUAUAUGUGGCUCUGGAGCCGCUUUAGGAAUCCAGUCCAAAUGUUUUCCAUAUUAGUUCAGAGCCUACUCUGUUUCCAAAUAGCCGCCGAGCUGGGCUUAUGGUGAGAGCAGGCGGGCAGGGAGGGGAAGGGAAGGGAAGGGGAGAAGAGGCAGACGGCAGGCGGUCAGGCUCACCCAACCCCAAACACUGCAACAGUAAAAAAUCGUGAGGACAAAAAGGGAAAAAGAGUGUGAAGACAGGAGGAGAAAUGGGACAGGGGCAGAAAGGUUCCUCAGACAAGACGGAGGGCAAGGACAAGAGACAUGACUUCCCACCACCAGAGGACGGCCAUAAGUGCAGGGUCUGUCGUUUCCCACUGCUCGUCGCCCUGCUCCAGCUGCUGCUGGGGGUGGCAGUCACGGCUGUGGCCUUCCUUAUGUUGGCUAUCAGCCCCUCACUCUCGGCCAGGGAGACGCCACAUUGGGCUGGGAUCAUUUUGUGUUUGGUCUCCAUCCUGGGCUUCAUCCUGUACUGUGUCGCCUACCUGCCCGAUGAGAGGACGUCUAUCCAAUUCAUUGCCAAGUUCCUGUACUUCAUCCUGUGUACAGUCGGACUGGUCAUUUCAGUGCUGGUUAUUGCGUUUGCUGGACACCACUACUCACAGGCCAGCAGCUUCAUCUGCGAACAGGCCGGACAAGACUGUGUGUGCACCCUGGACAAAGAAGAUCCCAUAGCUCGCACCUUUGUCUACGAGGGGGUCAGCGACUGUGAGGUGAUCACAGGUACGCUCACACUCUACUUCCUGCUCCAGAUCAUGCUGAACCUGGCCCAGGCGCUCGUCUGUGCCGUGGGAGCCUUCAUCAUGUGGAAGCACCGCUAUCAGGCGUUCUUCGCUGGCCUUCAGAUCGGCUCUCCCUCCACCCAGCAGUGGCAAAAGGUUUAACAUGAUGAGAAACUCUGCGUUAGAGGGUGAACAAAGUACAGGGACAUCUGCCUUUUGAACGUGUGCCUUAGUGUGUUUUCUUCCUUCUGUAAGUUAUAACAAGAAGUUGUGGUGGUUGUACUAUAAUGGCUUUUUGCACAAUUUUUGUAUAUCAUUUAAGUAACUUUGCUGACAACUAGAAGAGAUGGAGAUGUAAAGACAACUGGACUUUUUUUUUUAGAAAAACAACAAUCAGUCAUUUGGGACAAUAUGUAAUUGCAGGACUUUUUGUAUCAUAGUUGACGUUUUUGCUGUUUUCAGGCCUAAAAUCAACAUGGCCGCUUAUAACCAAACACCACAUUUUUGCUGAAAGAUUCUUCUAAAUAUUAUUAUUAUUGCAAAAAUUUCCUUCAGUUUUAAUUAGUGACAUUUAGCGAUAAUGAUUAGUUGUUUCCGUGGCGUCGCACUGAAUCACUGUUCUCAAUUUGUGAUUUGUAAAGAUUACAUGAUGCCACCUCAAGCUUUAGAAAGCAGCUUUCAUUCAAUGAAAAGGUCAAAUAUUAAACUAAAUGCAUUUAAAAAUAUUAGUAAGAUAUCCUUUAUAAUCUCACUUUAAUGAAAUACUUCAUUACUUUAUUACCUUGUGCUCAAAAAAUCACUUUAUGCCAAAGUUUUUAUUCUGCAUUGUUUACAGCCCAUUUACAGACUUUUGGAAGCAAAAAAAUCAACCUUUUUUUUCUUGCUAAAAUGAAAUUUGGUGGAUUCAUUUCAUGCUUACUCUCUGUUUUGACUCAGCUGUUACUUUAUAAACAGAUAUUGUUUAGAAUCCAUGAAGAAAAAAUAUAGAAAAUUACUUUUCAGCCGAUAGAAGUAAAACCCAGACGUUCCAGUGAGCUAAAAGCUGAUCCUGACAGCAGUAACACAACCUGGGCAGACUACACUUCAUGAGACUGGAACCAGACUGAAUUGGGCUGUGGCUUGCGAAGGUGGAUGCCAGGCCAGUAGCCAGCAUGACUCAAACAGCCUGUAGGCAGCCACAAAGGGAGGGAGGAAGGAGCUGGGGUGAGGAAAGGGGGACUCAGACAGGCAGCUGGACUGAAGUUACUACAUGAUUUCACUGUGUGUGAAUUCUUUUCAUCUUGGAGCACAUGAAGAGAAACAACCACAAAAUUUGAGCUUUGCAUUUAAGAAAUACAGGUUGAUGUUUGUUUCAUUAUUAACCUCACCUGAAGUGCUGACAGCUAUCGCCUACAAUCUACACCUGCUGAGCAGGGAAUGGAAAACGUGAUAGCGUUUCUAUAGCAAAUUAGAUGGAAAAUGCACCCGCAGGUACAGUGUAACUAGUGCAAUGUUACAUCUGCUUAGUCGAUGACAUUUGAUUGACUGAAGGUAAUAUGGAAAUUAUUUCUCGCAGAAGCUUGAAGUGUGAUAUCUGAGAGUGGCUUGUGGUUAAAAAAGAUGCCAGUACAUGCAUUUCCUCUUUCAAGGCUGUCAUCCUGUUUGUGGUUCCAAAUACAAACCUUUUUUUGUCAAUUAUUUGCUGUUUCUUUUUCUUGUUUUGUCAACACACAUAAAUUUAAGGUCAAAAUGUCAAAUAUAUUCAUAUCAAUAAAGUGACUUUUGCAAUUGA